GAGAGCAGGCACCGCGGACGGUUCAGGGAGCACACCGCUGCCAGGAACAGGAACAAUAACCGACACUGAGACGGCGGAGCUCCACAGCCCAGCAGCUGGGCGCAGGAUUUAUGUGACACUCCUCACUGUGCUUUUUACGGAUCUCUCUCUCCUUUUUUCUUUUCUUUUUCUUUUCUUCUUUUUUUCUUCCCUGUUGAUAUCGGUGGGGAUUCAGAGUAGGUGCUACGCGGGACUGGAGGAAUUCGGAGACUCUUUUCUAACUGUCUCCGGUCUUUGGACCAUCCAUCGCGAACGUCUUUUCCGAGAUGCAAACACUUGCAGGGAACCCUAGAAAUGGUGUCGCUCUAUGAAUUUGUGAGGCCAUAGAAAACUAACGGGACCAGAGGGGAGCGCACCAACUGUCCAGACAUGGAGCUUAGAAUGAGACGGCUCUCGCCUCUCACCAGGGCAGGUCUGCACCUCCUACUGCUGGCCAGGCUGGUGUUUUCUUCUCAAACAGAGAGCAUGCCCAGUUUCAUCAAGUCCCCCGACGAUCAAACGGGGAUUUCAGGAGGAGUGGCAUCGUUCGUGUGCCAGGCAGUCGGUGAACCCAAACCUCGCAUUACCUGGAUGAAGAAGGGGAAGAAAGUCAGCUCUCAGCGCUUUGAGGUGAUCGAGUUUGAUGACGGCUCAGGCUCAGUGCUGCGCAUCCAGCCUUUGAGAACCCACCGUGACGAAGCCAUCUAUGAAUGCACAGCCACCAACAGUGUGGGAGAGAUAAACACAAGCGCCAAGCUCACGGUUUUGGAAGAGGACCAGAUACCCCAUGGUUUCCCCACGAUAGACAUGGGGCCCCAGCUGAAGGUGGUGGAGAGGACACGUACAGCUACAAUGCUGUGUGCAGCCAGUGGUAACCCCGACCCGGAGAUCUACUGGUUCAAAGAUUUCCUCCCUGUGGAUAUUAGCAGCAGCAAUGGGCGAAUCAAACAACUGCGAUCAGGUGGUACACCAAUAAGAGGAGCGCUUCAGAUUGAGAACAGUGAGGAAUCCGACCAGGGCAAGUACGAGUGUGUGGCAGUCAACAGCGCCGGGACCCGCUACUCGGCUCCAGCUAACCUUUAUGUUCGAGAUCAACGGGAAGUUCGGCGCGUACCUCCCCGUUUCUCCAUCCCCCCCACGAACCACGAGGUGAUGCCUGGUGGCAGCGUCAACCUUACUUGCGUGGCGGUCGGCGCCCCCAUGCCCUUUGUCAAGUGGAUCAGCGGUGAAUCGGAGCUGACCCGGGAGGAUGAGAUGCCCGUCGGCCGCAACGUCCUGGAGCUCAGCAACAUCCGCCAGUCUGCUAACUACACCUGUGUGGCCAUAUCCUCCCUGGGCAUGAUCGAGACCACGGCCCAGAUCACUGUCAAAGCUCUUCCAAAGCUGCCCACUUCCCUCAUUGUGACAGAAACCACGGCCACCAGUGUCACCCUGACCUGGGAUUCUGGAAACCCAGAACCUGUGUCCUACUACGUGAUUCAGUACCGUGCCAAGCUGUCUGACAACGGCUUCCAGGAAGUGGACGGCGUGGCCACGACUAGAUACAGCAUCGGCGGCCUCAGCCCCUUCUCUGAAUACGAGUUCCGUGUCAUGGCCGUGAACAACGUCGGCCGGGGACCUCCCAGCAGCGUUGUGGAAACUCGGACGAGCGAGCAGGCGCCCUCGUCCCCGCCCCUUCACGUCCAGGCACGCAUGCUGAGCUCCAGCACCAUGCUGGUCCAGUGGGAACCUCCGGAGGAGCCCAACGGCCAAAUCCGGGGAUAUCGGGUGUACUACAGCCCCGACCACGACGCCCCACUCAGCGCCUGGGAGAAACACAACACGGACGACAGCCAUUUCACCACCAUCUCGGGCCUGAUGACAGAUAUCACCUACAGCCUCAGGGUGCUAGGCUUCACCUCUGUGGGAGACGGGCCUCCCUCUGAUGUUCUGCAGAUCAAAACCCAGCAGGGAGUUCCAGCACAGCCGACAGGUUUUGAGGCAGAGGCUGAGCUGGAUACACGCAUCAUGCUCUCGUGGCUUUGGCCUGUCCAGGACCCCAUCAUUGGCUUUGAACUGCUCUACUGGGAGGCCAACAAUCCCGCAGACAAGCUUCGUGUCACCUUUGACGCAGCGGGUUCCUAUGGAGUUGACGGUCUAAAGCCAGAUACAUCGUACAUGUUUUCUCUGGCAGCAAGAUCUGAGAUGGGUUUAGGAGUCUUUACUCAGCCCAUUGAGGCGCGAACCGCCCAAUCCUCCCCUUCAGCCCCUCCCCAGGAGGUACGCUUGCUCAGCCUCAGCUCAACAAGCAUCAAGGUGAGUUGGGUGCCGCCUCCCGCGGGCACCUGCCACGGAGAGAUAGUGCACUACUCGCUAGCCUACCAAGCCCUGUCGGGGGAGGACUUGAGUCGCCACCAGGUGUCAGGGAUUGGUGCUGACAUCACCAGCUACGUGCUUGAGGACUUGGAGAAGUGGACAGAGUAUUUGGUGUGGGUGAGGGCUAACACUGAUGUGGGGCCCAGCCCGGAGAGCUCUCCAGCACGAGUCAGAACCAAGGAAGAUGUGCCUGGAGCCCCUCCCAGGAAGGUUGAGGCAGACGCCCUCAACUCCACUGCCGUCAGGGUGACCUGGAAGCCUCCCCUGCCCGUGAAGCAGCAUGGUCAGAUCAGAGGCUACCAGCUGGUCUACUCCAGGAUACAGAAUGGGGAGCCUCAUGGCCAGCCGGUCAUCGUGGACGUUUCCCUGCCCGAUGCCCAGGAGGCCAUUAUAACAGGCCUGCUACCAGAAACCACCUAUUCUGUGACUGUGGCUGCGUAUACCACCAAGGGGGAUGGAGCUCGCAGCAAGGCCAAGGUGGUCACCACCACCGGAGCAGUGCCUGGGAAGCCCACGAUGAUGAUAAGCACCACAAUAGGGAAUACUGCCCUGAUCCAGUGGCAGCCUCCUAAAGAGAUGGUGGGGGAGCUUGAAGGAUACCAGCUGCAGUUCAAGAGAGCCGAAGAAGAAAGUUUCACCAUCAAAGACUUCAGAAAGACAGACGAUCAUUUUACAGUCACCGGCCUCCACAAGGGAGCGAUUUACAUUUUCAAACUGUGUGCUAAAAAUCGCGCGGGCAACGGAGAGGAAUACGUGAAAGAGAUUAGCACCCCUGAAGACGUCCCCAGCAGCUACCCACAGAACCUGAGCGUGGUGGGCCUCACCGCCACUUCCACCAAGCUGGCUUGGGACCCCCCUCCACUGGCCCAGAGGAACGGGAAGAUGGUCAAGUACUCAGUCGUGUAUCGAGACAUUAACAGCCAGCACAACAACACCAACAGCACCACGGAAACACAGAUGACUGUCACCGGUUUGCAGCCCGACACGACCUAUGACAUCAGAGUCCAAGCCUUCACCAGCAAGGGGGGAGGCCCCAUGAGCCCCAGCAUCCAGAGCAGGACCAUGUCCACGUCGAUGCCAGAUCUCCCCUCAGUUUUCACCAAGAACUUUGGUGUGAAGGCUGUGAUGAAAACCUCUGUCCUGCUGACCUGGGAAGUGCCGGAAUCCUACAAAUCUCAAGUGCCUCUCAAGAUUCUGUACAACCAGCAGAGUGUGGAGGUUCAAGGCAACCUGAAGAGAAAGCUCAUCACGCAGCUGCAGCCAGACACGGAUUAUUCCUUCGUGCUGAUGAGCCGGGGAAACAGCGCUGGUGGCCUCCAGCAGCAGGUUUCCAUCCGAACGGCCCCGGACCUGCUAAAAGUGAAACCGGCUCUGUACCAACAGGAUGUGGAGGAAGGUGGUAAAGUGGCCAUCACCCUGCCCAAGGUCCCUCCUGGAGCCCCCGUCAGGUGGUACUACAUAGUGGUUGUCCCUGUCACCCCAGCUUCACUAAAGAGAUGGGAGCAUCCUGAAGACAUGGACGUACACGAGCUCUUGGAAGCUGGCGCUGACAGCAGCUUGCAGAGAAAGAAGAGACAGAGCCAAGACUUCCUGCAACCCUAUAUCGCUGCCAAGCUGGAUGCUCUGCCCGAGAUCUUUACUCUGGGCGAUGAAAAUAAAUACAAUGGCUACUACAACAAACUCCUCCCAGGCCAGCAGCAGUAUCGCUGCUUCGUCUUGGCUGACCUGACGGAUCACGAGUCUCAGAGGACGUUCUCAGCCAGCCCAUUCUCCGAGCCCUUCACGGUGAAACUCAGCGGCGUGAUCCGGCAACCUCAGGAGGACCCGGAGAUGCUGUGGGUGAUGGGUCCCGUGCUGGCUGUCAUCCUCAUCAUCAUCAUAGUCAUUGCUAUUUUACUCUUCAAGAGCAAACAAGAAAGGAAGCGAACAUCUCCUGCCAAAGAUGAGCACAUGGUGGGUGUGAAGGACUCACUGCUGGCUCACUCCUCAGACCCCGUGGAGAUGAGGAGACUCAACUAUCAGACACAAGGUUCCAGUGUCCUCAGUUGCCCCAACACUGCAAGGAUGAGAGAACAUCCUCCCAUUGCAAUUUGUGACCUGGCAGACCACACGGAGAGACUCAAGGCCAAUGAUGGGUUGCACUUCUCUCGAGAGUAUGAGUCUAUUGAUCCGGGACAGCAGUUCACAUGGGAGCACUCCAACCUGGAGGUCAACAAGCCAAAGAACCGCUAUGCAAAUGUUAUCGCCUACGACCACUCCAGGGUCAUCCUCACACCUGUGGAUGGAGUUCCAGGUAGUGACUACAUCAACGCCAACUACAUUGACGGCUACAGGAAACAGAAUGCAUACAUCGCCACUCAAGGGCCUUUGCCAGAGACGCUGAGUGACUUCUGGAGGAUGGUGUGGGAGCAGAGGACCUGCACCAUCGUUAUGAUGACCCGACUAGAAGAGAAGUCACGGGUGAAGUGUGACCAGUACUGGCCCAGCCGAGGCACCGAGACAUACGGGAUGAUUCAAGUGACAAUGCUGGACACCGUGGAGCUGGCUACCUACAGCGUGCGGACAUUCAGCCUCUACAAGAAUGGCUCGAGUGAGAAAAGAGAAGUUCGACAGUUCCAGUUUCUGGCCUGGCCCGACCACGGAGUGCCUGAGUAUCCUACCCCAAUACUGGCCUUUCUACGCAGGGUUAAGUCCUGUAACCCCCCAGAUGCAGGACCGAUGGUGGUUCACUGCAGCGCUGGCGUGGGUCGCACAGGCUGCUUCAUUGUGACCGAAGCCAUGCUGGAGAGAAUGAAACACGAGAAGUCGGUGGACAUAUACGGCCACGUGACGUGUAUGCGGGCUCAGAGGAACUACAUGGUGCAGACAGAGGAUCAGUACAUAUUCAUCCACGAAGCCCUGCUGGAAGCUGCGACAUGUGGCAACACAGAGGUCCCCGCCCGCAACCUGUACGCCCACAUCCAGAAGCUCACCCAGACCGCCCCCGGAGAGACGGUCACCGCAAUGGAACUGGAGUUUAAGAAGCUGGCCAAUUCCAAAGCACAUACCUCAAGAUUUAUCAGUGCCAACCUGCCAUGUAACAAAUUCAAGAACCGCCUGGUGAACAUUAUGCCUUUCGAGUCCACGCGCGUCUGUCUGCAGCCAAUCAGAGGAGUGGAGGGCUCCGACUACAUCAACGCCAGCUUCAUUGACGGCUACAGGCAACAGAAAGCGUACAUGGCCACCCAGGGCCCAUUAGCCGAGACCACGGAGGACUUCUGGAGAAUGCUGUGGGAACACAACUCCACCAUUGUAGUCAUGCUUACCAAACUGCGCGAGAUGGGCCGGGAAAAGUGUCACCAGUACUGGCCUGCCGAGCGCUCCGCACGCUACCAGUACUUUGUUGUGGACCCCAUGGCUGAGUACAACAUGCCGCAGUACAUCCUGAGAGAGUUCAAAGUCACAGAUGCCAGGGACGGUCAGUCCAGGACCAUCAGGCAGUUUCAGUUCACCGACUGGCCAGAGCAGGGAGUGCCAAAAACCGGCGAGGGAUUCAUCGACUUCAUCGGCCAAGUCCAUAAAACUAAAGAGCAAUUUGGACAAGACGGACCAAUUACUGUGCACUGCAGUGCUGGUGUUGGGCGGACCGGUGUGUUCAUCACCCUGAGCAUUGUCCUGGAGAGGAUGAGGUACGAGGGCGUGGUCGACCUCUUUCAGACCGUCAAGACUCUUCGAACUCAGAGGCCAGCCAUGGUGCAGACAGAGGACCAGUACCAACUGUGCUACCGCGCUGCUCUGGAGUACCUGGGAAGCUUUGAUCACUAUGCAACAUAACCCCACCCAGAAAGAAACCCUCAGAACAGUCUGGUGUCUCCUCUGAGCCGCGUCCACUCAACUCCAUUGGUCCCUGCGGCCUGAUGAGGAGGCUACGAGGAGGACUGAUAAGGAAAUGAUCAGGAUUAAAAGGGGGAUGUUCGAGGAAAGCGGAGGGAGGACACGGCCUCCCUCCUGGACUGGUGCCAUGACUCUGCCACAGACCCCACACCAAAACCUCCCAAAAACUAACCCUAAAAAGACUUGUUCUGUAGUCCUGCCUUCGACUCCUGCCGUUUCCCAAACGUCUCCCCGACCUGUCAAUAGCAAAAACUAUUUUCUGCUAUAUUCAUUUAUAUUCAUUAUUACAAUAUUGUUAUGCAUAUUUAGACUUUAUUUUGUAAUCACUUACACUGAUUAUUAUAUGUCUAAACAUUUAUUUUUUGUUUUUUCUUAAUUUGCUUAUCCUUUUAUUUUCAUUAGAAAAUUACAAGGACAUGUAUUUUCAACAUGCUCCGAGCUAUUAAUACUGCAUAUCAUGUACUCACAGCUGCUAAUAAUUUUAUUUUCUACCAUAGAUACGAUUAUUCAUGUAAUAAUAUAUCAUUACUCAGCUGGACUUAUUUCAAGGUAUAUAUGGGUUUCUGUCUGUACAUCAAACAGAAUGAGACAAGAUUUGUGAAGCUCCGUAUGAAAUAAACCAAUGGCUGCACAUAUGUACGCAAAUAUAUUCCCAUCUCAACAACUGCUGCCAUGUACAGAGUUUCUUGUCGUCGCCCGUCGACUAUUUUCUCCAAACUUUCAGAGAUCUGGAGGCUUCCAGCGAAAAGAAAUACAAAGCAGGUGGAAAAGGUCGUGGGCGUUGCGCCAUAGUUUACCCUGCGGGUGUUUGUGGGCUCAGGUAGAAAGUCUGUUCAUGAAAUCUCUUGUGAAAAUAAGUGCGACGCCCAAUUCAGGUCCGAUGCGCCAAGCGUGAUGACAGAAAAUGAAUCCGUUAGGACACCAGUGACGAAGCUUAACCAUCAGUUUUAUGACUAAUCUCUGUAUACAGGUAGUGUAUGUGAAUUAAAAUGCAGAAUCACAGGAAGGAACAACAUUUCAAUAUGUUUGUGGUCAGUUUAUAGUAUUGACCAGGUCAGUUGGCUUUGGUAAACGAUCCAUGUAAAGAGCAAAGUAGGCAGUGACCCUUUUUUUUUUUUUUUUUUUUUACACCCUAACAAAGUAACACAAUGCAUUUGUCAAGGGAAUUCCUCAAACAAAGCUGUUGUAGAGGUCAUCUUUGAACUCUUAAUUCCAUUCACAACUGUGAACAAUAGCCAGCACACAAAACAAGUCUAGUCACGGAUAGCUCGUCUUUUAUCUGACGGCUACCAUGGAUACUCCGAGAUGUCGUCCACUGCUGCCAAGUCACCAAACGACAACUUCUGUGUUCACUGAUUAGUUUAUGAUGCGAUUCUUCUGAGGAGGAAUACGUUAGCUUUACUUAGCAAAACCCACGAAAAGACCAAAAAACGUGUAUCUCUUAACAGUAUUUGAGCAGCGCUACGGUGUAAUGUACAUGGACCUGAGUCAAAAUGGACUUGAUGUGUGUCAGUGGCUAAUGUAGAAACACGUCAGCCAGUGGUACAUUGUGAUGCCUUUUCAAAACAAAAA